GCGCGGGGAGGGCGGGGCGCGGGAAGGGGGAGUGUCUGCCCGCCGCUGCCACUGCCGCCGCCGCCUCCGCUCUCCCGCUGCCGCUGCCGCCGCCGGGGCUGAGGAGUUAGCCCCAGCCCUGCCCUCCGAGCCGGCCUGCUCUUCCCGCCCGGACGGAGGGCGCCCAGCCCCGCGCCGAGUCGUGCAGAACGCGGGAGUCGCCUCGGCCCGUGGAGCGGCGGGGACGGCCCCGGCCCCGACCCCCGCCCCCACCCCCACCCCCUCUCCCCUCCCUGACCCCUGCUUUCCAUCGCCCCAGCCAUGGGGAACGCGGCGACCGCCAAGAAAGGCAGCGAGGUGGAGAGCGUGAAAGAGUUUCUAGCCAAAGCCAAAGAAGACUUUUUAAAAAAGUGGGAAAAUCCUGCUCAGAAUAAUGCUGGACUUGAGGAUUUCGAAAGGAAAAAGACCCUCGGAACAGGUUCAUUUGGAAGAGUAAUGCUGGUGAAACAUAAAGCCACUGAACAGUAUUAUGCCAUGAAGAUCUUAGAUAAGCAGAAGGUUGUUAAACUGAAGCAAAUAGAGCAUACUUUGAAUGAGAAAAGAAUAUUACAGGCAGUGAAUUUUCCUUUUCUUGUUCGACUGGAGUAUUCUUUUAAGGAUAAUUCUAAUUUAUACAUGGUUAUGGAAUAUGUUCCCGGUGGAGAAAUGUUUUCGCAUCUAAGAAGAAUUGGAAGAUUCAGUGAACCCCAUGCCCGGUUCUAUGCAGCCCAGAUAGUGCUAACAUUUGAGUACCUCCAUUCGCUAGACCUCAUCUACAGAGAUUUAAAACCCGAAAAUCUCUUAAUUGACCACCAAGGUUAUAUCCAGGUCACAGACUUUGGGUUUGCCAAAAGAGUUAAAGGCAGAACUUGGACAUUAUGUGGCACUCCAGAAUACUUGGCUCCAGAAAUAAUUCUCAGCAAGGGCUACAAUAAGGCCGUGGACUGGUGGGCACUGGGAGUGUUAAUCUAUGAAAUGGCAGCUGGCUAUCCCCCGUUCUUUGCAGACCAACCAAUUCAGAUUUAUGAAAAGAUUGUUUCUGGAAAGGUCAGAUUCCCUUCACACUUCAGCUCAGAUCUCAAAGACCUUCUACGGAAUCUACUGCAAGUGGAUUUGACAAAGCGCUUUGGAAACCUAAAGAAUGGUGUGAGUGAUAUAAAGACUCACAAGUGGUUUGCCACCACAGACUGGAUUGCUAUUUACCAGAGAAAGGUUGAAGCUCCGUUCAUACCAAAGUUUAGAGGCUCUGGAGAUACCAGCAACUUUGAUGACUAUGAAGAAGAAGAUAUCCGUGUCUCUAUAACGGAAAAGUGUGCAAAAGAAUUUUGUGAAUUUUAAGGAGGAGCAACAAGAUGAUAUCAGAUGUCACACUCAAUCUUUGCACUCUGUUGAGAGAUAAGGUGGAGCGGAGACCGUCCUUGUUGAAGCAGUUGCCUAGUUCCUUCAUUCCAGCGACUGAGUGAGGUCUUUCUUACCAUCAUCUGUGUGUGCACUCUGCAUCCACCAAUGUAACAAGGCACCGCUAAGCAUUGUCUGUGCCAUAACACAGAACUAGACACUUUCCUGCUUCUCUUUGGUUUGUCUUUCUCCUCUCCUCCUACAUCCAUUUCUUCCCUUCUUCAUUCUCAUUAAUUUCUCCCCAACCAGUGCUCAAUUUUAUUUUAUUGGUGUUUCAAAUGGGCAGUGUUACAGCUCUUUGAUAUUUGAAGGGAAGUGUUGCUUUAAGUAGUGCUUGCCAGUAUUUUUGUUGGUCAAUGGCUUAAAGAUAUACAUUCUAAUAAUUUUUUUUAUUUGAGUAGCUCAGACCCAAUUUUGCCAAAAUUCUAGAUAGUUUUUGAAGGCAGAAUGUCUUACUACAAAGGAAAUGUACACAAAGUAAACAAUAAAUUUCCUAGAGCUCACUGUUCUGGCAAUAAAUUGGAAUAUGUUAAUAUAGAGAAUAGCUAGAUCUAGCAAUUUGGAUUCCUCUAGAUCAGAGUUCUUUUUCCCUUUACUUCCUUUUAUAUCAUCCUCUCCUUGAGUAAUUAAGUGACCAGCCUGUUCAGUGUGACAAUUGUGUCUCAUUUAUAGGAAGGAAGGACUAAUGAAAGUGAUAAUCAUGAACCAGAUUCUUUCUCUUGGUACCAGCUUUUCUGUCGGUAUUAGGGAAGAGUUCAAGAUUUAUAAACCUAACUCUUCUGUAAGGAUUUUAGCCAGUAUUUUUUAAUAGAACAUGACUAAUAAAAGUGACAAAUUUUAAAUUUUCUCAAAUAAUCCUUAUUGUACGCUUUUUAAAGGAAAAGAAACAAACUAAAAAGAUAAUUAAUGUGGACAAAUACUUUGUUAAGUCAAACAGAUAGCUUGAUUCUUGCGAACCUGUAGACAUGCUCCUCUUUAAAUGAGGCUUUUUGUUUUCUGUUGCUUAGCUUUCUAACAGUUAAAAGAGAGAGAAGUUGUUGCCAGGUCAUUACUCAGUGUACUAUAUUUGUUAGCAUAAGAUAGAGGCACUGUUGCAACUUCUGCUUUUAACCUAUGCCUCAUCAAUGAGGAAAGGGGACGAAGUUUAUAGAACUGCCACAAUUGUAUUUUAAUUUUGUGGUGUGAUAUUUUUAGAUAAGUCAUAAUUUCUAACUGUUUCCUUUCAGUAAACAGAAUGUAUGAUCAUGCAGAUACAAAUUUAGCAUCUGAGUUUAGGGUUUUUUUUAUAUACUUUUUGCCAACUGAUUUAACAACAUUGCUGUCAUGUGGAAAUUUCAAGCACUUUUGCACAUUUAGUUCAGUGUUUGUUGAGAACCAAUGGCUUAAUUUCGUUUUCAAAAUCCUUUAUUUUUUUUUUUUUGCUUUUAAAUUUUCUCAUCUAGUUCUAUUCCUACAUGUCGGUGACCUAUCUUAAAACAACACACCAAAACAUUUUCAGAUAAACAGCAUUCAUUUUUUAUGAUCAAUUUACAUGCAUAUAAACGGAAUUGUUUUUAAUCAAACUGAUCUUAAUGUAUAUAAACAUUUUACUUGCUUCAUUAUCGGUGCAGGUAGGUCACUGACUCUACUUUUCAUCCAUACCACACUCUUGUAAAACCUUUGAAGACAUUGAAAAAGCCUGCCUGAGAUGUUCUCUGCAUUAAUCUGUAUGUCUUUGGGUUGUCAAGUGUUUAUGCAUGGUUUUGUCACUUAAAGGCUGAUACUGAUUUCAGUUGGCCCACCUAUAUUUAAAUUGUGCAAGAAUAAUAUGAAAUACUUUGCUGUAUCAAGUUUUAAGUAACAAAGAUAUAUCAUCAUGUUAAUAACUUUCAGACAUAAUUUGUAUAAAAUAUUUUCAUUCAAUUUUUGUAUCUCAUUUAGGCCCCCAAACAUGCUGAUCAUUGUAUUCUACAUGUAGCUGCAAAUGCUCUGGUAGUUUUGUUGUAUAUUAUUGUAAAAUUAUUUUAAUAAAUCAUGGUAAUGAUAAUUUGUUACAUUUUAAUUUUCAGGAAUUAAAAAGAGAUCUACGGAUCUUUUCUUUUUAUGAGCUUACUUCUGCCCAAAACAACUUGCUAGAGAGCCCACCUAGAUAGAUUGCCCCUAGGCGUACGUUGGUAUUGAGAGCAGUUCAGCCACAUUAUUUUUACUCACUCUUCGAAGGACAUGAGCAAGCUUUCAUCAAUAUUAAGGGAGUCUUAUUUACAAGUCAAGUACACUGAAUUAACAUAUUUCAAAAGCCUUUCUUAAAACUCCCAAUUGUAACCACAGUCUAGCCAAGAAGGGAAGAUCAAACUCUUGACAACAUAAGUGACAUGAAUCAGUAUUUCACCACACAUUCCAUUAUUUGAAACAGAAGAAACAAUGCUUUAAUCAGAAAAUACUAAGGAGAUGAGACUGUAGAGGAAGGCACCCUAGACCGAUAACCAAGGCCUCUUGAGUUUCAGCCUGAGCCACACACACCCUCAGUGUGUGGCCUUGGUCUGGGUUCUUAGCUGUAAGAGGAAACAUUUGCUUUAAGCAGUUUCUAAGGCCCCUUCUAAAUUUCAUACUUUGUGACAAGAUUCCUUUUAUUUGUCAUUUUGAAGGGAUAGCAUACUUUGAAGUAAGUUUUGGUAAGGUGAUAUUUUAGGGCAUCUUUCUUCUUAUACAGUGUUCUUAUAAAUCUUUGAAUCUCACCAGAACCUUCUGUCUUUCCUGAUUCUGUUUUCAUUCACUGAUGCUAAAUAUCCAGAUUAUAGCAAACUAUCAACCUACCAAAAAUGAUACUGUGGCUUGUGGGUAUUGCUGUCUUGUUUUUGAUAUGUUCUUGUAUUGAUUGCCCAUUGGCCUGAAAUACUCAUCGUAAGCCUAGAAAAAGAAAAAAAAAAAACCCACAAAACAUUUUCCUUUCCCACUGACUUUUUUUCUGCUUGUGUAAGAAUCAAAUGAAAUUAUGUAUGUGAAAGCACCUUGUACACUGUACCCUAUCAAUGUAAAAUGUUAAGGUGUGUUGUUAUUUCAUUAAUUACUUAUUUGUUUAGAAUGGAAUUUCCUAUGCACUGCUGUAGCUAGGAAAUGCUGAAAUCAGCUGUGUUUUUUAAUUAAUCAAUAACUGCAAAAUUAAAGUAUCUUCAAAGGAUAAAA